AUGUCGUCCUCUGAUGCGUCGCCGUUGCCUGGUCUGCCCGGAUAUGACCCAAACAACAUCCAGCCAUGGACCGUCGAAGUCGUCGUCUCAGUGACGGUUCUCGCCUUACUAUCGGUCAUCCUUCGUCUCUACAGUCGUAACCUCAAGGGUCAGCAGUUGUGGUGGGAUGACUACCUGAUCAUCUGGUCGAUGCUAUGGAAUCUUGUCGUUGUGGGCUUCAUUUUUGGUAUGCACCAUGUGGGCAUGGGAAUUCACGCGGAUAAGGUCAAGAUGGACAACAUCGUCUUGAUGGCCAAGUAUCUCGUCGUGGCAGAAAUUCUGUACGCGUGGAACUUGGGCUGGACGAAGCUGAGCUUGCUGCUCAUGUAUUACCGCAUCUUCCACAUCCCCUUCUUCAAGAAGAUGACUUGGGGUGUCGGUGCCUUCGUCUUCGCCUGGGUCAUUUGCAUCACAUUCCUCUUCAUCUUCAUCUGCGUGCCCGUCGAGAAGCUGUGGUACCCCGACAUCCCCGGACGCUGCAUCAACCAGGUUGCGACUUGGAUCGCCAACGCCGCUUCGACAAUUUUCACCGAUCUCCUUAUCCUGAUCAUGCCCCUCCCACAAGUUUGGAAGUUGCAGCUGCAGAAGGCUGAGAAGAUUGCCCUGACCUUCGCCUUUGGUCUCGGUUUCUUUGUCGUCUUCACCUCAGCAUACCGAACCAGCGUUCUCUUCACCUACAGCUCCACCGAUCCCACGUACACGCUUGCCCCGACCGUCGGCUGGACCGCCAUCGAAAUGUCCGCCGGCAUCGUCUCCGCCUGUCUCCCGACUCUGCGACCCGCCAUGCAACGCAUCGCCCGCCUCUGCGGUAUCAAGGGCAGCAUGGGCGGCAUGUUCCGCGCGACCACCGCCCUGGGGUUCGGCUCCAAGAACAAGUCCAACUUCAGCAACGGCCUGUCCUCGGCGGACCCAAACGGAACACAAACCAACAGGAGUCUUUCGACGGCGAAACACGGCGCGGGGAAUGAUCCUUUCUACCGCCUCUCGGACGACAACGGCUCCGAUAGCAGAAGCGGCGAACACACGCCCCCCUUAGCCGACUCGAAGUUGAGGCCCGAUGCGAAUGGACUUGGUUUCGGUUACAGCGUCACGACAUACCCCACCAACAAGCCCGACAACAAGAGCGAAGACGAGAUCCCUCUCCACUCCAUCCGGGUUCAGAAGGACUUCAAGCAAACGACUUCAUGA